AAAUGUGUUGCACGGUGGGACCUACAGUGUGAGAUCUCUGCUUCCUACUCUCGCUCCUGCUGCUUCGCACGCUCCGCUGGAGAAUGGACUAUUGAAUCCCCCAUCAGCCCCGCUGUAAGUCUCUGCGCUCCCCCGUGCCCGCGAUUGCGCCGCUGAAUGUUAGUCGCUUCAAGUCCAAGCGCUCUCUAUUCGCUUCUCUUUUCUUCACGAGCAACUUUGUGCGUGCGGGACAGCGGCACUUUGCACCCAUGCAGCGGCGGGAAUAAAGUCGGGCGCAACGUGUGUACUCGGGCAGGAGCUGUCGCACUGGGGCCGAUCAGCAGGAAGAAGUGAAGUCUUUGGCUUUGAGAGCUGAGCUUUUCCACAGCUUUCCUAUCUACAACUUUUGUAGAAGUUCUGGCAGAGUGAAGGGUCAAUAGACCUAGAAAGGCAGGCAAGUGGAAGUCACAGUGAAAAGAGGAAACGAGUGAAAAUAUCGCAUCAGCAUGGGGAAGCAAAACAGCAAACUGCGCCCUGAGGUCAUGCAUGACUUACUAGAAAGCACAGACUUUACCGAGCACGAGAUCCAGGAAUGGUACAAGGGAUUCUUGAGAGACUGUCCAAGCGGGCACUUAACCAUGGAGGAGUUUAAGAAAAUAUACGGGAACUUUUUUCCUUACGGGGACGCUUCUAAGUUUGCAGAACAUGUAUUCCGCACGUUUGAUGCCAACGGCGACGGCACAAUUGAUUUUAGAGAAUUUAUUAUUGCUCUGAGCGUAACUUCCAGGGGGAAACUGGAGCAGAAGUUGAAGUGGGCAUUUAGUAUGUACGACUUGGAUGGGAAUGGGUACAUCAGCAAAUCAGAAAUGCUGGAAAUCGUGCAGGCAAUCUAUAAGAUGGUUUCUUCAGUAAUGAAAAUGCCAGAGGAUGAGUCAACACCAGAGAAAAGGACAGAGAAAAUAUUUCGGCAAAUGGAUACCAACCGAGACGGAAAACUCUCAUUGGAAGAAUUCAUCAAAGGGGCAAAGAGUGACCCAUCCAUCGUGCGCCUCCUUCAGUGUGAUCCGAGCAGUGCUGGACAGUUCUGAGACUGUUUGGAUUAUAAUUAGCAUUUGCUCAUUUUAUUUUAUUUUGCCAAAAUUACAUUUGUUGUGGUGUAGCCACUUUGGUGGCCAAAAGUA